GUUCCGAAGCCGGAAAACACUACGAGGGACAAGGUGCAACCAAGUGGCUCCACGAAUCGGGAUUAAAACUUCCAAAGAUGAUGCGUGAUAUGUUUGUUAGCUUAUGUAAGAAAACAGAUUGGGAUCCGGAAAAAAUGGAAAAAAUGGAAACAGUGGGUCAUAUUCAUGGUGGUCUAGUUUUAAUGAUUAUGACGCUGGAUCUUCCAGCUGGUUACGUAACUCGUAUUAAUAAAAGCGAACUCUAUCGCAUACCAGAAGAUAUCGAGUCCUUUAAUGAUGCAAUAGAAUUGAUUACAGCAGUUUGGAAGAGUAAGAUGCGAGUUGUCAAUACGAUGGCAUUAUUAAAUAACACAGAAAAAGAUGUCAUUGUUGAUCGUCUGAGGAACGUGUCGACAAUUAAAAGAAAUAGGAAUAAUCGCACUAAUCAAAUCAAAAAAAUUCUUCCAGAGAAUCAAACUACACCAGAAAAGGCUCAGAAAAAAGAUU